AUGGACUUAUCCCAGAUACCCGCGGCUACACCGCCAUCAGGGGUUGUACCUAACUUCGUUGACCCAGCGUCCUUGGCUCCAAUUUGCUUGAUCGUAAUUGCGAUCACUUUGCCUUUGAUGGUCAUAUUCCUCGUCCUCAGAGUCUAUGUUCGUUUCUGGGUAUCUCACAAGACGGGCGCUGAUGAUGUACUCUGUCUCAUAUCCGCAGCUCUGGUUAUUACAUUUUGCGGUAUUACAGUAUCGAUACUUGACAAUCCCAUUGGACCACACCAAUGGGACGUCCCAGUUUCUCGAAUAACGCCAUUAUUCCAAAGGCUAACCGUUGCUUCGGUUGUCAUCUAUGCACUGGGUUGUUUGGCCGUCAAGUCAACCCUCUUAACCCUCUAUCUUCGAGUUUUUGCUCCAGAUCCUAAGGCAAGAUCCAUGAUCAUGUUUGGAUUGAUAUUCAUAGCGGUCUUUUACACCAUUAGCGUGAUUGUGAGCCUUGCUACCUGCCUUCCGCACCAGGGCGAAGGAAGCUGGAAUUUAGCAGCAACACGCUGUGAGAGCCAAGACGAACAGUUCGCAGAAGCUCAAGGUGUAGUUGGAGCACUUACAGAUCUAUACGUGCUUUAUAUACCCCUGAGACUCCUUGCCGGACUCACUUUGUCUCGCAGGCGAAAGAUUGCUCUCUAUGCCGUCUUUCUUACAGGAUUAUUGGCUUGUGUUGUUUCAAUUAUCAAUGCUACGUUUCGGUUCAUAGUUUUCAACAAUGGCGAUGCUUUGUGGAACGAAGUUCCCAUUUAUGCUCUAUGUGCUGCAGAGCUAAACUUUGGCAUAAUGUGUGCCUGUAUGCCGGUGGUCUUCAUCAUCUUCAAAGACUUUGCAGUAACCACGCUGAGCUGGGCCACUAAGAUAAGAUCCUGGACAUCUCGCGGCAAAUCAACCACUAGGAUUCAAUCAAACUCUAAGUUUGAAGAUCCUCAACUACCGAUAGCUCCCAAAGGGACACUCAAUGGUCUCAAAUCCUAUAUCCGACGCGCCUAUCGAUCAACGUUAGCGCGCUCAGGCGUCGUGCCAUCUCAAGCUAGUGAUGGGGAGCUUAUAUCAUAUGUGAGCUCCGAUUAUAAUUACCAUACACACAUGGUGCGACCGGAAGCUGGGGCUACAGCAAGCCUUCCGCCAAAACAGUGA